GGAUUUUUCCUUCAUUUUCCCGGGAAAUCUCUCUUCUUUCCCAUGUAGAAGCAGGUCUUUUCCGCAACGGAAGGGCUAAAGAGAUGAUCAUGGAUAAGGAAACGGAACAAACCCUAAAUAUCCUACCUUUGGACCAGAGCGAUCCCUUUGGAAACGGCAACGACCCAAUGAUCGGUGAUUUCAUCGGAAGAUUCUGCGACACGAGAGAGAUAUCGCCAUUGGCACUACAAUCUUUCUCCAUGAAUUCCCAGAUCUCCGCGAAUUUCCCGAUUUCUGGAGGAAUCCAAUUUCCGUAUCCAGGGAACUUCGGAUCCGAUCGGGCAUAUGCGGUUCUUCGGUCUCAGUCAACAGCACAAGAGAGCAACACGAGCUCCUUGUUGGAUCCAGAUUCAGGUUCUGCAUCUGGUCGAGCUCAAGCCACAGUUUCGAAUUCCAGGAAGAGAAAAUAUGUCCCCACUGCAAAUGGCAAGGAAUCACCAGCUUCAUCGUCUCUGACAGCUUCCAAUUCCAAGAUUUCGGAAGAGAAUGCCGCAUCAGUGGCUGCUAAAAGAAGCAAGCAGGAAGAAGCUGUUAGCGGUAAAGAUGAGAGCGAGAAGAAAGAUAACAAAGACGGGAAUAAGGACAAUGCAAAGCCACCCGAGCCAGUGAAAGAUUACAUACAUGUUAGGGCGAGAAGGGGUCAGGCAACUGAUAGCCACAGUCUAGCGGAAAGGGCAAGAAGGGAAAAGAUUAGUGAGAGGAUGAAGUUUCUUCAGGAUCUGGUUCCGGGCUGCAACAGAAUCACUGGGAAAGCAGUUAUGCUUGAUGAAAUCAUAAAUUACGUGCAGUCGUUGCAGAGACAAGUCGAGUUCUUGUCCAUGAAAUUAGCUACUUUGAACCCAGGAAUGGAGUUCAAUGCAAAUGCUCUUUUAUCUGCAGAGAUGUUUCAGCCGGGCGAGCCCUUAUUACCGCAGAGUCUUUACCCAUUAGUUUGCGCAGAGCCAAGACUUCCAUCAGGGUAUCUUUCCCUUGGCAAGAGGAGCAUACCCAGAUUCUCCGAGAUGCAAUUCUCAUCACACGCUUCGAGCAUUUCAUCACUGCCCUCCAGCGAUGGAUUUGUUCAAUCCGAGGCACCCGAGUUCUGGGAAAACGAUCUGCAAAGCAUUGUUGGGAUGGGGUUUGUAGAUAACCAGCAGCAACACAGCAUCAUGAGCUGUUCAGAGCCAGCUGUUCAGAUGAAGAUUGAGCCUUAAGCUGAUCAAAGACUCUUUGAUGUCUCUGUACAUAGAAAACAAGAAAUGCUGGUACAGAGUGAACAUAUAUUCUUCUGGAAUCUGAAUUAAUGUUACUCAUUCCCAGAUUUUGUUUUCUUUGUUCUAUAUAUCUAUAUAUUGAUUUCUAUUGAAAACAUCACAUUCUGUAAUAAAAAAAAAACAGAACUUGUGGACAUAACAGUUGUAUUUGAGUUACAACCUGCAUUGUGUACGGCUUACCUCUCAAGAAAGACAUCAACUUUGCUCUCA